AUGUCGGCCGCCGCGGUAGUAGAAGACGCGCUCGAGCCCACGCUGCAAAACAUUCUCGACCAGAAAACGCUCAAAUGGCUCUUUGUCGGAGGCAAGGGUGGUGUCGGUAAAACCACCACCUCUUGCUCUCUCGCCAUCCAGCUCUCCAAAGUUCGCGAGUCGGUGCUGCUCAUCUCGACGGACCCGGCACACAACCUCUCGGAUGCCUUCGGUCAGAAGUUUGGCAAGGAAGCAACCAAGGUCAAUGGGUUCGACAACCUCUCUGCGAUGGAGAUCGAUCCGAACUCGUCGAUUCAGGAGAUGAUUGAGCAGUCGGACAGCUCUGGAGGGGCGAUGGGGUCGAUGAUGCAGGAUUUGGCGUUUGCCAUUCCGGGUGUGGAUGAGGCGAUGGGAUUCGCGGAGAUCAUGAAGCAUGUCAAAUCGAUGGAGUAUUCGGUCAUUGUCUUCGACACUGCGCCGACGGGGCAUACGUUGCGAUUCCUCUCCUUCCCAAGCGUGCUCGAAAAGGCUCUGGCGAAGUUCUCCACCCUGGGCAGGAGCCUGGGGCCGAUGUUGGGUCAAUUCCAAUCGAUGCUCGGCGGCGGCGGCGCAAACCAGGAAGACAUGUUCGCCAAACUCGAAAGCAUGCGCGAAGUCAUCACCGAGGUCAACACCCAAUUCAAAGACCCCGAGAAAACGACGUUCGUCUGCGUCUGCAUCGCCGAAUUCCUCUCCCUCUACGAAACCGAACGCCUCAUCCAGGAACUCACCCAGUACGAGAUCGAUACCCACGCCAUCGUUUGCAAUCAGUUGCUGUAUCCGAAGAAGGACAGCAACUGCCAACAUUGCAGAGUGCGGAAGCAGAUGCAGGACAAGUAUGUGGGCGAGAUGAUGGAGUUGUAUGCGGACGAUUUUCAUAUUGUCAAGAUGCCAUUGUUGACGGAGGAGGUGAGGGGAACGGAGAAGUUGAAGGAUUUCAGCAAGUUUUUGAUCAGCCCGUAUAGCCCGCCGUCCGAGUAA